AGAUGACCCACUGACACUGCGGCUGAGAUUUCUUUACCUUUCUGCAAACACAUACACAGCACACAGCUCCACUCGACACCAUGACCAGGAAGGUGUUCACCAACACGAGGGAGCGCUGGCGUCAGCACAACGUCAACACCGCCUUUGCCGAGCUCCGAAAGCUCAUCCCCACACAUCCUCCGGAGAAGAAGCUGAGCAAGAACGAGAUCCUGCGCCUGGCAAUGCGCUACAUCAACUUCCUGGUGCAGCUGCUGGAGAGCCAGAGCGGUCAACCGGCCAGUCACUCCCCUGCCACUUUGCUCACCUUCCUCAAAGGAAACAUGGAGCGGCUGCAGACCCAACCACACACCUGGGCCAUGACAAGUGACACCGAAGCUCCAUCACCAGGAUCCAGCUGUGACAGUGCUGAGGCCUGGUAGAAAUGACAUAAUGACAUUAAAAAACAAAACUCUUGGACGGACUCGGACCCUUUUCCUGGGUCUAAAAACUGACCUUGUCCUUUUGCAAGGCUCCUUACAUUUGUCACCUAGUGUGUGACUCAUGUUUCAGUGCAGAGGAUGCAAUACUGUAUAAUUUUUGUGGAACCCAAAUGUAGCAGCCUCCUCGAUGAUCAGUGUUAAAAUAUGAUUUGCAGGUGAAUAUUUAUUUUGUAUUCUGCAUGGAUGUGUAACCUAUAAUGGAUGUCCAAUAUAUCCCCCCCGUGUCUUGUUAAUAUUCCUUGUUGCUGUUCUGCCUGGAACUAAUUUAGCUUUGCAAUGAUAGGAUGUUUUGCCAAU